CGAUGCUGAGAGCGAAGAGCGCCUUCUUCCGGUUUGCGGCAUUUCGGUCCAUUGGAGCAAAUGGGUCGCGCUCUCUGGCAAGUGUAGCUCAGGCACAGGUAGCAAAUCCGCCGGAGGAGCUAGAUGAAGCAGUUGUGGGAAUGAUUUUGGAGUCUUUGAAGGAGAGGCCGCAAGGGGAGGCUUUGGACGACGUAAUGCAGCAGUGGAAGGGGUCAGUCGGACACAAGGCCGUGAAUAAGGUGCUAGAGCAAGUGAAAGAUGGUAGCGUCGCUCUGCGUUUCUUCAACUGGGCUUCCAAGCAGGAGGUGUUCUCCAAGCACAGCUUUCACUCUUACAGGCUACUCCUUCAGAGGCUAGCGGGGAAGGGAGCUCGAGGUGUUCUCCAGGAGAUGCACGACGGUGGCUACACUCUUAAGAAGAAGGAAUACGCGUCCAUUGUCUCGGGCCUGCUCAAGGAGAACCACUCCGAGGAAGUCAUUGGCAUCGUACAGGACAUGACUAGCAGCAAGAACUUCAAUCACUCGGUUGUCAACCAUCUGAUCCGGACGUGUUACGACAUGAAGAAGCCGGAAGUUGCUAGUAAGAUUUUCAGGAUGAUGGUCGCUCAAGCUGGAUCGCAAGAUGCCGUGUCGAAGGCUGCUGACGACGGGACCUGGACAGUGUGGAGCCUGCUGAAGAAGGAGAGCGAUUACAACAUGACCAUAGACUUGCUGUGUAGAGAGGGGCUUCUGGAGCAAGCAUGCAAUGUGCUCGACAAGAUGCUGGAAGGCAAGUAUGAAGCGACGACGUUCACAUACGGCCGCCUCGUAGAUGGUUUCCUCAGGCUUUCCAAGUUCUCCGAGGCCUUGGCAGUCCUGGACGUGAUGGCUGAGCGUGGCUGUAUACCUCCAGCUAUCGUUUACAAUCAGCUUAUCGACGGGUUGUGCAAGGCAGGGAAGGUGGAGGAGGCUUUUGAGCUUUCGACGACAAUGGUUAAGAAUGGGUGUUCUCCCACGCUGUACACGUACAACAGUCUCAUCAACGGCCUCUGCCUGCAAGGGAAAACUGAUGAAGCCAGGGACUUCCUACAGGAAAUGGCGGAUUCUGGAUAUAAUCCAGACGUCGUGACUUACACAGUUCUCAUAAACAGUCUUCGCAGGGAUGGUAACUUCAAGGCUGCAGUAGACGUGUUUGACGAGAUGGUCUCCAAAGGAGGUUGCGUACCCGACCGAGCGUCAUAUAUGCCGUUACUCAUUGGGCUUUGCAAAGAAGGAUGCGUUCAACUUGUUCAGGAAUUUCUGGAGAAGCACAGGGCUCGACUUGAUCUCGGUAGUUUCUUCCACAACUUGCUCAUAAGCACCUUCUCCAAGCACGGGAAACUUGACGAUGCCAGAAAGGUCUUUCGGGAGCUGGCGUCUCCGGAGCUGGUUCACUUCAACAGUUUCAUGUCGGCUCUCUGCCAGCGCAAGCUCAUAAGCGAAGCGUUCCAAGUCUACGAGCAGCUCCAGAAAAAAGGCCUGGUUCCAGACACCUAUACUUAUACAAUCCUCAUCGGGGGACUGUGUGACGUCGGACGAACAGACCAAGCGCUCUCGCUGAAGGACACGAUGAUCCAGAACAACUGUAAGCCGGACAGUGUGACUUACGGAAUCCUCCGUGCUGGUCUCCUGAAAGCUGGAAGACGGGCUGACGCGGAGCAGCUUAAAGCUCAGAUGCCAGCAGCAGCCGGAGCAGGGCCGUCUUCCUGAGUAAGAUCUCGUGUUCUUUCUUCUUCUAAUAUAACUUUACAGAGAGUUUUGGUGCU